GAGAGCCCUAACGUCGGCGAACAUCAAAAACCUCCAUGGCUCUUCUGCUCCGUACCCUUCAAAAGUCACGCAUUUCUCCUUCUCAUACCUCAAGAACCCUAAUUUCUUGGGUUCGAUGUAAUUCUCUGUUACCAACUCCCCAAUCACGAGAUAUCGCCACCUCGACGACGAAAUCGCCCUUCCGAUCAAACAUCCUUCGAAUCAUAAGAAAUGAGAUCGAGUAUCAAUCCGAUUAUGCUCCUCCGCAUCUGCCAGCGACUGAAUUCAAAUCGUUCUCUGUGGAGGAUUGUCCCGGUGAGCAAUGCAUUGUGAUGAAAGGGAAGUUUGGAGAAGACGAAAACAUCAAAAUGGAAGCAACUAUGUUUGAUGGGUUUAUGACUGUUCCAAGAACUGGUUUAGAUGCUUCAGGGCGCGAUCUCCGUCUCCAUAUUAGCUUGCUCGUCGACAUUUCCAAGAUUGACGGAAGUGAAGAGGUCGAGUUCCUUUGCUCAGUCUGGCCUAACCGUAUCGAAAUUCGAAAGCUUUACAAGCUUAGACGCAACAAAAUCACUGGUCAACCUUACAUGGGACCAAAUUUUGGGAGUUUGAAGUAUGAUUUUCAGACAGCGAUUCGGGAGUUUUUGCGAGUUAGAGGAAUCGAUGCGGAUCUUUGUUUUUUCUUGCAUGAAUAUAUGAUGAAUAAGGAUAGGAUUGAGCUCAUUCAAUGGUUGAGAAAGCUAAAUUCAUUCGUGGCAAAAUAAACACUGAAAUUUUUUCAGUCGUGUCCGUCAGCUUUUGAUUAUACUGUUAUCAGUUGAAGUAGAAAUAUUGGCUUUAGUUACUUUCUUGUAUAGGUGCAUAAUAUGCUUAUUUUUGUACGACUGAUGAAGCCUAACAGUAAACACCAUCAGAAAUACCCCCAUAUAUGGUGAAAGCAUGGUGGCUCAACAUCUUUUUUAGUGUGGUUACUGGUUACUAAUAAAA